GGCUUCAUCCCAAAACCCGGGCCUGUGUCACACCUCAGUAUCCGUGCUGGUAACCCGGAAGUUGUCGCGACCUACUUUUUUGUUGACAAUCCAAAGCAUUGAAGAGGUUUGAUGAAACAUGAGAUCAGGAGCGAGGGAAACAGAGAGGUACUGAAUUCACCAGCGGCGGGGUUGGGAGAUAAUACCCAGACAGCGGCUGUGGACUCAACAAGUAUCGGCGGAGAAUUGCAAGGGAAGCAGACAGACGGCACACGGCUCCAAAGCGAAGGACAGCUUGUUGAAGCGGGCUGCUCCAUCGAGGGCAGCAGCAGCACCAUGCCUGUGAACCUGAAGUUCCUGUCUCUGGGAGUCCUGGUCUUCCAGACCACCAGCCUGGUCCUGACCAUGCGCUUCUCUCGCACGCUGAAGGAAGAUGGGCCCCGGUACCUGGCUUCAUCCGCCGUUGUCGCUGCGGAGCUCCUGAAGAUUGGGGCCUGUGUUCUGCUGGUCUUCAAGAACACUGGCUGCAGUUUGACAGCGCUCAACAGAGUUUUACAUGACGAGAUUGUAAACAAGCCAAUGGAAAGCCUGAAGCUGGCCGUCCCAGCAGGGAUUUACACUCUACAGAACAAUCUGCUUUAUGUUGCCCUUUCCAAUCUGGAUGCAGCCACUUAUCAGGUUACAUACCAGCUGAAGAUUCUCACCACAGCUUUAUUCUCUGUGUCAAUGCUUGGAAAAAGGUUAAACACUUAUCAAUGGCUCUCCCUGUUGAUAUUAAUGACCGGAGUAGCGUUUGUUCAGUGGCCCUCAGACUCUCUGGACUCUGCUCAGAAGGACCUGUCAGCAGGCUCGCAGUUUGUAGGACUCACGGCCGUGCUGACAGCCUGCUUCUCCAGUGGAUUUGCUGGGGUUUACUUUGAGAAAAUCUUGAAGGAAACGAAGCAGUCUGUGUGGAUUAGAAACAUUCAGCUUGGUUUGUUUGGUGCUGUGUUUGGGCUGAUGGGCGUCUAUGUGUAUGAUGGCGAGCGAGUGCAAGAACACGGCAUGUUCCAGGGAUACAGCUCUCUCACCUGGGCCGUCGUGUCUCUUCAGGCUUUGGGAGGGUUAGUUAUAGCAGCUGUCAUUAAAUAUGCUGACAAUAUUUUGAAAGGGUUUGCAACCUCUCUAUCCAUCAUCCUUUCUACACUGAUUUCAUAUUUCUGGUUACAGGAUUUUGUGCCAACAAGUGUCUUUUUUCUUGGAGCAGUUCUGGUAAUAGCAGCUACAUUUUUAUAUGGGUAUGAAGCCAAAGCUUCAGCUAAUCCACGCAAAGUAUGAAGAACAG